AUGACAGGGGAGUCCCCAGCGGGAGAAGAGCAGCAGAGGGAGAGACGAGAAUGUGGAGGACUCCAGCUAGUAGAAUGGGAUCCCCAUUUCUCAGCUGGAAAAGUCAGCAUCACUGACUGCAUGUUCCGGAAGGAGAGUUUGGGCGCAAUGCAGCAGCUGCCUGAGUUUUUACAGUCGCCCCGGUUUUGGGCCCCUCCUCAAUUCAGCCUGCAGCACCGGGUGAAGGAGAGCCAGCUGCUCCCCGGGAACAACUUCACCAACGAGUGCAACAUCCCAGGCAACUUCAUGUGCGGCAACGGGCGGUGCAUCCCCGGCGCCUGGCAGUGCGAUGGGCUGCCUGACUGCUUCGACAAGAGUGACGAGAAGGAGUGCCCCAAGGCUAAGUCGAAAUGCGGCCCGACGUUCUUCCCCUGUGCCAGCGGUGUCCACUGCAUCAUCGGCCGCUUCCGGUGUAACGGGUUUGAGGAUUGUCCGGACGGGAGCGACGAGGAGAACUGCACAGCAAACCCUCUGCUUUGCUCCACCGCCCGCUACCACUGCAAGAACGGCCUCUGCAUUGACAAGAGCUUCAUCUGCGACGGGCAGAACAACUGUCAGGACAACAGCGACGAGGAAAGCUGUGAAAGUUCUCAAGAGCCAGGCAGCGGGCAGGUGUUUGUGACUUCGGACAACCAGCUGGUGUACUACCCAAGCAUCACCUACGCCAUCGUCGGCAGCUCUGUCGUCUUCGUGCUGGUGGUGGCCCUGCUGGCGCUGGUCCUGCACCACCAGCGGAAGCGGAACCACCUGGUGACGCUGCCGGUGCACCGGCUGCAGCACCCUGUGCUGCUCUCCCGCCUGGUGGUCCUGGACCACCCCCGCCACUGCAGUGUCACCUACAACGUCAACAACGGUGUCCAGUAUGUGGCCAGCCAGGCGGAGCAGAACGCCUCGGAAGUGGGCUCCCCGCCCUCCUACUCAGAGGCCCUGCUGGACCAAAGGCCCGCGUGGUACGACCUGCCUCCGCCCCCCUACUCUUCCGACACGGAGUCUCUGAACCAGGCCGACCUGCCGCCUUACCGCUCCCGGUCCGGGAGCGCCAACAGCGCCAGCUCCCAGGCCGCCAGCAGCCUCCUGAGCAUGGAGGAUACCGGCCACAGCCCGGGGCAGCCUGGCGCUCAGGAGGGCACUGCUGAGCCCAGGGACUCCGUGCCCAGCCAGGGCUCUGAGGAAGUAUAAAAUCCAGUUAUUCCAAAGUCCAUAUGGGUUAAUCUGCUCUGACUUGUUACCAUCCUAACAAUGUGCGCUCAUGGGAAGCUCCUCAGGGUGCCUCGAGGAGUGGUUUGGGGUGUCAGCUGUCUCUCCAUCUCCUCUCCCCCCAGAUUUCAGGGAUGUUCUUCGGAGGGCGACCUGGCAUUUUUCUGGCCUCUCAGUGGACAUGAUGUACUGUGCAUCUUUUCUU